AUGCAUUUCUCAACGGCUCUGUUCUGCUCUCUGCUUGCAUUGACAUCUGCAUCCCCUCUCUCCGGGCGGCACCUGGGCGAACAUAGACACAAGACCAAAUACGGCAAAAGAACCCUUGGGUCGAUUGUCUCUUCUGCUGCCGCAGUAGUAACUGUCGACGAUAAUGACGGCAUCGUCAACGGUGUAGAUCAGUACACUCAAUAUGCCGGUGAUGGUUCAGUGGCUGCCGGAUGGCCAUCUUCAUCUCAAUGGGUAUCAUUUCAAAAUAUGUGGGAAACUAACAAACCCUCAAUCGCAAGCUCCUGCGCCCAAUUCAACCAACCAAACCCCACAGAUGAAGAAAUCGCAAAUCUCCACGAAGCUAUCCAACAAGUCGCCGGCCAAACAUUCGUCGACCACCGCUUCAUUCUUGCCAUUAUAAUGCAAGAGUCAAAAGGCUGUCUUCGCGUCCCCACCACAAACUGGGGUGUGAACAAUCCAGGCUUAAUGCAAGAUCAUGGUGGUACCGGGACUUGUUAUGGAGUCAACCCUUGUCCGAAAGAAAGUAUUUUGCAGAUGGUGCAAGACGGGACUGCGGGUACUGAGGGAGGGGAUGGGUUGGCUACAUUGUUGGAUAAGCAUAUUCCGCUUGUUGGAGGGGGUGGUGAUGUGGCUCAGGGUUAUUAUAAGGCUGCUAGGGCUUAUAAUUCGGGUUCGGUGGCGGCGUCUGGGAAUUUGCAAGAGGGUGGUGCGACGCCUUGUUAUGCGUCUGAUGUUGCCAAUCGUCUAACGGGUUGGGUCAGUGCCGAGCAUGCUUGCACUUUCUGA